UAAAAUUCUGUGCUGACACAAAAUCCCCAAAUAAGCUGACAUCUAUAACCUUCUGCUUCUCUCUCUCUCUCUCUCUCUCUCUCUCACAGGGUUUCUCUCAAGAAUUUGGCCUUCGAACUCAUUGGCCUCUGAAAUUCUCGAUGGAAGAUCUAACGCUGCACAACGACGUCGAAUCAGAGGAAAUAUACGAGCCCUUUUACUGCUGCGUUUGCCUGGAUCUUCUGUUCAAGCCCAUAGUGCUGUCUUGUGGUCAUAUUUCAUGUUUCUGGUGUGUCCAUAAUUCCAUGAGUGGCCGGCAUGAGUCUCGUUGUCCACUUUGUAGGCAUCCCUAUUAUCACUUUCCUACCAUCUGUCAGAUGCUUCAUGUUUUGCUAUUGAAGAUGUAUCCUGUUGCUUAUAAGAAAAGGGAAAAUAUAACUCUAGAAGAGGAAGUGGAAAGAGGUGUCUUUUCACCACAGUGUAAUGCUCAAGCAUGUGUUCAUCAGGGUGAUCCAACCUCUUUCUCUACCAUGGAUUUUGAGUCAAACUCAUCUUCAGACCCUUCUUCCACCAGGAAAGGGGAGCCUUAUACAAAUCAGGAGCUUUUGUUGUCCGAUUCACUUUUCCAAAAUUGUGGCACAUGUACUCUGAUAGAAAUCUCUGAUGGGAAUUCUGAUGUAAUCAGGAAUGUGGCUAUCGAAGAAAAGAAUUGCAAGCAGGUUUCAGUUGCUGAUGUGCUGUGUUCUGCAUGCAAGCAACUACUAUACCAUCCUGUGGUUCUUAACUGUGGCCAUGUAUAUUGCGAAAGCUGUGUCAUCAUCCCCACCGGUGAGAUGCUUAAAUGUCAUGUUUGUCAAACCUUGCAUCCAAAAGGAUUUCCAAAAGUUUGUCUGGUGCUUGAUCAGUUCUUGGAGGAACAAUUUCCUAAAGAAUAUGUGCUGAGAAGAGAUGCUGUUCAGCUCAAACAAGUUGAUUUCGAACACAAGAAGCUGACGAUCUGUUCCAGUUCCUCCGAAGCUGGUAAACAAGGAGAGAAUUUACUGCAGUCUCAUACUCGCUCAAACAUUCAUUUAGGAGUCGGUUGUGAUUCUUGUGGGAUUUUUCCCAUACUUGGGGAUAGAUACAGGUGCAAAGAUUGUGUGGAGAUAAUUGGUUUUGACCUUUGUGGUGAUUGUUACAAUACGCGAUCCAAGCUUCCAGGGAGGUUCAAUCAGCAGCAUACCCCAGAACACAAGUUUGAGCUUGUAAGGCCCUUUCGUAAUAUGUUGGGGCUGAUGGCUAUUGAGCUCGAGGACAACUCUCUUUUAAUUGAUACUGAUGCCUCAGAGGACUCGGAAAAUGGAUCUCCUGCUCCUGGUUCACCCAGUAGUGCUCAGGAGAAUGCUGAGAGCGAUUGGGCUGCUACUAGUGCCUCCACUGAUGGUGGAGAGGAUCAAACUGGUUCUCAGUCAACCACUUAAAAUUCUAGACUGAGCUGAAGCCAUGAGCAUCCUUCC